CCGAACGCUCUCUCGUCGAUACUCGGUAGGACGCCGUGUAGCAUCUAGCGCGUAGGUAUAUUAUUGUGUGGCUGCCUUUGAAGUGUUGCUGGCGGAAUCUACUUACUUCAAGAAAAAUGGCAGACAUUACCGAGGAAGAACUUGAAAAAGAAAUCGAGAAAAUAUUGAAAAAUGCAAACUUGGCUACAACAUCCACUAAGAAAGUCAUCCAGAAGCUUGAGAAAAGCUUUGGCACUGAUCUAUCUGAUAAGAAAAAGAUUAUUGAUCAACUGGUGAUGGAUUAUGUGAACAACAAGGGUUCUGAAUCCGAAAAUGAUGAAGAUGAUGAUGAUGAAGAAGAGGAAGAAGAAAAGAAACCGGUGAAGAGAGCAGCGCCAGCCUCUAAGGCAUCAUCCAAGAAGUCCCGUAAGGACACCAGCGAUGAGGAAGAUGAAGAAGAAGAUGAGAAGGGAUCUGAUGAAAGUGAAUCUGAGGAAGAGAAAAAGAAGCCAGCAGCCAAGAAAGGCAAGAAGAAGAAGGGUUCAGAUGGUGAUUCCGAUAGUGACUGGGGAAAGAAGAAGGAAAAAGCUCCUAAAGCCAAAAAGGCGGGUGGUAGAGGAAAAGGAGGUGGGUAUACAAGAGCGUAUAAACUAUCCCCAGCUUUAGCCGAGUUAAUGGGGAAAGAUGAAAUGCCAAGACACGAAGUUGUCAAACGUGUUUGGGCAAUUGUCAAAGAACGCAAACUAUAUGAUCCUAAUAACAAACAGUUUGCCAUUUGUGAUGACGCCAUGUACAAAGUAUUUGGCACCAAACGUUUCCGUAUCUUUGGUAUGAUGAAACAUCUCAAAACACAUUUCUGCGAUUGAAUGGUAAGUUAUCUUUAAUAAUAUUAAAAAAAAA